CUAAACUCACUUUUUUCGUUCGUCUUUAGUUUAGUUGUUGUGGGAAUUUUAUUAAGCUUACUAAAUAGCUAUGUGUUACCCUUAAUGUUUGUUGUUUUGUUUAUUUUGAUCGAUGCGUCUUUUAAUGCAUCAUCAUGUUAAUAUCCAAGUUUACAUCAAUUUGUUUAACCUUUCUCAUUGUUUUGACCCUUUUAUCUAACCAUGUUAGUGGGAAAAAACGGUUAAAAGACAUUUUCCUCAGUGUUAAGACGACCCAAUCUAACCAUCGGACAAGACUUGCAAUUAUAUUGAAAACAUGGUUUAAACAAGCACCAGAGGAUACGUAUUUUUUCACCGAUCAAAAGGACGAUGAGUUUAACCGGUUAACCAAUGGACACCUUAUUAAAACCAAUUGUUCCGCAUCACACCAUCGGACUGCUUUGUGUUGUAAAAUGUCUGCCGAAUUUGAUACUUUUCUUGCAACAUCUAAAAAAUGGUUUUGCCAUUUUGAUGAUGACAAUUACGUUCAUGUACCUAGUCUGGUUAAACAUUUAUCUCGUUACUCACCAAAUAAACCUUGGUACUUAGGUAAACCAAGUACCCUUUCACCUUUGGUAAUACUCAAUCCAGAUGAUCAAUCGUCCAAGAUAUCAUUUUGGUUUGCCACUGGAGGUGCAGGUUUCUGUAUUAGUCGUGCCUUGGCCAAUAAAAUGGCUCCAUUUGCCAGUAAAGGUAAAUUUAUGCAAAUGGGUGAAAAAAUUAGACUACCUGAUGAUGUUACCAUUGGUUACAUUAUUGAACACUUGCUUUCCAUUAAUUUAACUGUUGUUGAUACAUUCCAUUCUCAUUUGGAACCCAUGAAUCUCUUUCCAAGUAAAACCUUAAAAGAUCAGAUUACCUUCAGCUAUUCUCGUUCUGGAACUGAAAUGAAUGUUGUAAAUGUUAAUAGUACGAUUGAUUCUUCAAAAGAUCCAACAAGGUUUAUGGCUUUAUAUUGUCACCUUAAUGGAUGCUGAUGCAAUAAAUAAAUUAAUAAUUAAACACACUUGUUGCUGUUUGGCACUAAAUUCAGAGCUUAAAGAAAGAUGAAACUGAUUGGAUUAAACCUUUAGCCAUAUUCAUUAACUAAUUGACUGUCCAAUUUGAUCCAGAAAAAUCUUUCCCUUGUUGCCAUAUUUCAGAUAUUUGUUCACAUAUUUUUAUAUAAAUUUCAUCUUCAUUUGUCUCAUAUAAACUUGUCUGCAACUAACUGCCUCUAGUGGAGUCGAAUCCAAUUUCAACUUGAAUAUCAACUUAACUUUACGCUCAACAGGCAGCCACUCGACCUCACUUAGUCCGUUCAACUUGCAACUUUCGAUGGCUAUCAAUUUUCACCGAAAACUCGAGUCAACCUAUUUCGCUAUGAGAGCCAAUUUGGGUUCACAACUCACAUUCGUAUAUUGACUAAAUUACGAUGGCCCUACUGAAAACGAUGGGUG